AAUAUAAAAACUAACUAAAGUUAUCAUCAAUGACAAGAAUGAUUCAAUCCCUUGAUUCAAUAACAUUCAAGAAAAAUUCCUACAAUCAGGCUGAGGAGGCUGCACUUACAAACUGUUUCCAAUAACUGUUUACAAUAACUUUUCUCAACAUCACCCUGUACCCGUUCAUUCAAUACCUUAAUAAUUUCUGGAACGUAUACACACCUUAAACUACAGAUACAUCGUGUCGAAAUAUUAAAUAAUACCGAUCAUAAAAUAUAAUCACUCGAACAGUGAGGAAAAAAUAUUAAAAAUAAUUGUACAAACGAUAUUACACGUAUAUACAUCCUCUACAUAUCUCUAUAUUCGAACGAAUGGGGCAACAAACGUACUGAACUAUAACGCAGAUGCAUGCCUGCACCGUCCUUCCCCUCUCGAAUCGUAUAUGAAUAAUUCAUCCAUCUGACACGUCCAUCUUUCCUUCGCGCAACAAGGGAACAGCAAUUACAAUGACGUUCAAAAUAAUCACUUGUCCACGAAAUAGAAUGCGAACGCAAAACGAUCGAUGUGGCAUCAUCGUAUCAAUCAUCCACGAUGUGGACGAUACAGCAACGAUCCGGGAACCGAGUAGGGAGGAGGAAUCGAGAAGAGAAGUUUGAAGGUUUGUUUCUUUGGAGACUAUGAACGGGAGGAACGUGAGAAAUCUAUCGAUCACCGUCACCGCCUUUUACAUGAAAGUUGCCGGAUUUUGGGUGGCGAAUAAUUACGCGGAGAAACGGCGGAGGAACGUUGCUAUGUUUGUUACGAUCUUCUUCGCGUUCAUGGGCAUCAGUAUCGAGGGAAGGGAUUUAUACUUCGCUUGGGGAGAUUUCGAGGAUUCUAUUUUCGCUGGAUGCAACGUUAUAACUAUCGUUUUAGUUUUGUUGAAGAUUUUCGUCUUGUACAUAAAUAACGAGGAACUGCUUAACGUGGUUAAUUACGCGAAAACGAAUUUUUGGCGGGAAAGUAAUUACGAGCCACACGAAAAAAAGAUAAUAGAUGAUUAUAGACGGCUUUGCUCGUUCCUCGUCUGCUCGUUCACGUUCUUCGCCCAAGGAACAGUUGUGUGUUUCGUAAUAACGCCAGUUUUUGGUAUUUGGACAUUUUUGAGAUUGAUGACGAUUAAUUUAAUAAGCGGAAAAAAUAAUCUGUUGAUAUAUUUUCUAGUAAAUAAUGGAAAAAAUGAAUCGGACAGAAUACACCCGUUUAAUAUGUGGUUCGAUCGAUCAUUAUCACUGUCACCGUAUUACGAAAUAAUAUAUACGAUACAGGUUCUGAGUGCGUAUGAAAUUGGCAUAUGUUACCACUGCUUCGACAAUCUUCUGUUCGUAAUAAAUCUGUACACAGCUGGUCAGUUUCGCAUUUUGAGAUAUAGAUUUGAAAAUAUAUGCGGCAAAAAUGAUGAUAAAAAUUAUUAUAAAGUUUCGAAAUCAUCGAAAUAUUGUAUAAAUGAAUAUAAAUCGUUUAAAACUUGCGUUCAACAACAUCAAGCGUUGAUCGAAUAUUGCAAAAAAUUGGAGGAUGUAUUCAGUAUAAUUGUAUUGGCACAAGUGUUACUUUUCAGCUUGUUAAUUUGCCUCGAUGGAUAUUUGGUACUGAUGGAAGACACUUCCCGCGCAAAACGCGUUAUUUUCACGUUUCAUUUAAUGGGUUGCAUGUGUCAACUAUUGAUGUUCACGUACAGCUGCGAUUGUUUGAUGCACGACAGCAUGAGCGUGGCCAAUGCCGCGUACAACAGCUUGUGGCCGUGUCUGCCCAUGGAUAAAUAUGGAAAGUCGUUGCGUAAAGAUCUUACGUUCGUAAUCAUGAGGUCCAGAUCACCGUGUUGCCUGACUGCUUGCGGAUUCUUCCCCGUGUCGUUGGAAACGUAUACCGGGAUUCUGAGUACCGCGGUAUCGUACUUUACAUUGUUGAGAAACCAAUCAGCAGAUACUUCUUAAACAUAACCUCGAAAAGCAAAGUCGUAAAUUUUAAAUAUGCUCGAAGAGAAAAAUAUUUUUCAAAU